AUGGCAAUGAAAAUCGACUCUUUUGAACAAAUCACGACUCGAAUCGGACGUCUGCGGAUGAGAAGAUGUGAUCAAGCGCCAGCUUUGACAAUCUUUGUCGCUCCAACAUCAAGUUACGAAGAAGAAGGAGUCGUAGCUUUCUAUAUGGACCUAGAGAAGUUCUACAGAGAAGACAAUACCAUCACCAAAGUCACUGCUAGUGAUUUUAUCGCCAAGGCUGGCCCCAGAAGAACGCCUGACGAACUUUACAUGGGGACCUACGGCCUACAAUGGAGCGAACAGGGGGAGAGGCUUUUUGAGUUUAUCAGCAUUUAA